UGGAGUUCGUGAUAGACUCAUGCGAUCCCCGGCAGCAUACCCGACUAGGCUCUGCUUCUGAGUACGCGACAAAUCUUGCGGCCUUUCCGCAGUACCACGGUUGUUUGUGAUAUUGCUUGCUAGGACAUGAGCCAUGGCGACUCCUGGCUUCCAGCCAAAGCCCGAUGCGGGCGAUAUACUCCUGGUCAUCCGUGAGUCAAGCCCAUCCAGCAAUUUUUGUUUGUUCAUUUGUUUUUUUGGUCUCGUGGCAACCCUGUCUUCUGUUUCUGCAGGCCGCGAACGCCGUGGUUGCACAUCGCGUUGCGUACAUGUUGCGACGGACCUAGUCCUUUGACGAUGCAUCGCGCGAGAUUCUUUUCUUGUUGUUGUCCGAAAUCGCCAAGGAUGAAUGAAUUGACGUGUGCGUUUUUUUCUACAGAUGACUUCAUUGCUAGAAGUUCCGAUGAGCUCAGUUUGGCCAAGGGCGAUCGAGUUGAGUUGAUCGAGCGUGAUGAUGAAUUCGGCGACGGUUGGUUUCUGGGUCGUCAUUUGGUCAACGGCAAUAGUGGCCUGUUUCCUGAAGUCUACACCCGGCCAGCUCCAAGAGGCUCCUCUCCGAUGACAGCAUCAGCACCGCAGCCACUGCCUGUUCCGCAGCCACUAAGCACGAAUGGCAUUGCGACCGAGGCCAGUCGGGCACAUUCGAUAUCAGCUUCUAGUGAUGGCCGACCCGGAACGUCGCAUACUACAACCUCGUCCAAGGUUGACUCCACGCCCAUUCUUCCCUUGAACGCCACCAAACCAGAGAGCAGUCCCAUCACUGCCUCCGCGCCGCUCGUCAGCAAAAGCUCAACGGGCCCAUCCACCUUCAAUGGAAUUGGGCGCCCCCAUAAUGACAGCGCUGUGCUACACGAGACUUUGACCGUUAUUGACGAGCAUAUGAACGACUUGCAUUCUACGCCGAGCACAGGAGCCCUGCACAAUGCGAACGACUCUAGCAGCGAGUACAGUGCUCCGCUACACGACCGACUAUCGUACAUCCAGGGCGAAGAGACCGACGAGGAAGAGGAGGACGUCCACACGCGGCCUCAAGUCGAAGCAUGGAAUGCCGAUGACGUGGCUGAGUAUCUGUUCACUUCCGGCGUGGAGAAGAAGCAUUGCGAGGUUUUCAGAGAUCAGGAAAUCUCAGGCGAAGUGCUCUUGGGUAUGGACCAGUCUUCACUCUUUCUGAAGGCAUUUGAUCUGGGCUCGGUGGGCAGAAGACUCAAGACAUGGCAGAAGAUCAAGUCCCUCCAGGACGAGGUGAACGGCAUAGGACAGACGACGCGACGAACGACACAAAACUACGGGAGCGAGGCCGGCAGUGAGGGAAGAGUCCGAAGCAGGGCAGGCACUCUAACGCAAAAGCCAUUCCCGACAACAGAACGCGCAGCAUCUGUCGCUGGGAGGCGUCUAUCGCAGACAACGCCCUUGAUGGACCCCGUUUCCCCGAUCACGCCGGUCUCGGCCCAAGGCUUCGACGACAGUCCAACGCGGCCAAGCCAUCAGAAACGCCCUUCUGCUGCUUCAAUUAGGGACUUGCACCAUUCGCGGCGUCAUUCCUCAACAGUUGACAGCCGUUUUACUGGCAACACCUUGGUGAACAACACUCCCAAAUUAAAUGCGUCGGGGACAUUUCCUUUGGCUGGGGUCGGAGCCGGAGCCGGAGUCACACACAAGAAGCAGCCUUCGUUUGACCGCAACUGGACUAUGGGUAAUGCAUCUGGCUCAUUCUCUCAGCGGCCGCUGUCUGCUUCUGGCUUCCAGGGCUUGAAUGUUUCUGAUGAGAAGAUCGCCGAACAAUCAGCAACUGAUCUUGAUCGUGGUUAUUUCUCCGGUACGGAAGUGGAUAAUGGGCGGAAGCGAAACACACUUAAGAAGCGUGAUACAAUUUCCGGACACUCUGCGAAGAGCAGCUACGCAGACGAGCAACGCAUGAGAAGUGCAACAGCACUAGCCAGACAUUCAAGAUUUGGUAGUAUGGACUCGGUUUCUGGUGGUGCCGCAUCCAAGUAUUACGGGCUUUCCAAUCCUCAUCGGCGAACAGCUUCAACUGCUACCACCGAAUCUGUACGACCCGUGCCGCCUAGCAAGGAUUACCCGACAGUGACCAAGCUAGACCAGCUCACAGGAUCUGCCUCCCCAAUCCCACCCGCGGUCAGGCACGAAGCGAAACCUGCCAAAAUGUCCGGUUUCGGCGGUCUGAGGGCCAUAUCAGAUGCUGUUACCGGCAACGAGCGUGCCAAGUUCGCACCACCUGGAAGCGCAGGGUCCUUCAAGGACUCUCCGAUGCAGUCGCCAUCUACGAGAACUGGGUCUAGUACACCCUCAGGAGGCCCCAGCUUCGAGUUAGAUUCUCCCGACGCGGCCAAGAGCCCAAUAUCUGCGAGUACAGUCAACAGCUUGACCGCGAACAAGAAGCCGACAAAGAAAGCCAAGAAAGAGACUAGCGCGUACCAGCGUGGUCUGAACAAGAUUGGCCCAAAGGAAGCUAUAAAGGACGCCGAUUUCUAUGGUUGGAUGAGGAAGCGAAAUGCCAACAUCAUGUCAACCUGGAAACCAAGGUUUUUCGUCCUCAGAGGACGUCGCCUCGCCUACUACUACUCAGAGGAUGACACCGAGGAGAAAGGAAUUAUAGAUAUCUCUUUCCACCGGGUUCUACCUGCUAACGACGAGAAGCUCACGGGGCUGCAUGCUACAUUGACGGGAGCUAGCAACACCCCAGCAGCACCCUCAGACAGCAGUCUCCCAACGGCUGGCGGCAACAGCGAUGAUCUUCUGAAAGGGGAUGACUCCAUGUUCAUCUUCAAACUACAGCCCCCACGUGCAGGUCUCUCCAAGGCUGUCACCUUCACCAAGCCAGUCAUCCACUACUUUGCGGUGCCAAACCUACAGCAAGGACGGGCGUGGAUGGCGGCGCUCAUGAAAGCGACUAUCGACCGCGAUGAUACUGUGCCGAUGACAUCUACAUACCAGCAGAAGACGAUCUCGCUCGCAAAGGCCCGGCAACAACGCCAAAGACCUCCUGCGCUCAUGAAUCUUGACGAAAAGGUUGAAGAUGGCCCCAAGAAUAUCGAAGACGACGAGAAGAAGAAUGGACUGGGCAUAUCUUUCGGCGACGAAGUCGAUAGCGCUGUUGCCGGUUUAGAAAAGCUUGGUCUGCAACCACUGGAGAGUUCUUCGGCACGGAACCCGACGUUUGACGCCGAAAAGAGCGGCAGCAUGCCGUUCCUAUCUUCUCCGCAGAGCGCAUAGGAAAAGCCUGCGGACACUGUGCGGCGUUCAGAUCAUUCGGUCUAGGGAACCAUCAAGGGAUCGAUUUUACGGCUCAAGGUCCCUCGAAGAAAGAGCAUUUGCGACAUUUUCGACGUUCCAGCACAGGAGAAUAUUCCACCAAUUCCUCGUCGAAACC